GGCAGGAAAAGCGAGACCUGAUCCCAGCCACCGGCACAGCCCAUACUAAUGCAUUCCCAGUGCUUCCUGGUGCUGCAUCACAGUGAAGGCUGUGAGCUUGUCAAACUUUGAGCUGCCAGUGGUACAUUUCCUGUUGUUGACAGGCAAGGAGCACAGCAGAGGCUGCACUGAGCUGCGUGUAGGGACUCGCAUUUUAUCAGCUGGAGUGCACACAGACACACUCAGAGAGCACCCCUUCACAGGAAGAGCUGCUAUCACUUCUCAGAUACACAGACGCAGAGGAAGCACUGACACUGAACCUCUUACCAACGGCCCAUAAACAGGAGCUGCUUCACAGAUGGACUGACUCCCUCCACCAAGAGUUUGACUGAUGAAAACAAGUGGGAUCUGCUUUGUCUGUUUUCACCUGAUCCGAGUGUCUACCCAGGAAGUGUUAUGGUUUUGUUCUACAUGGGAUCGGAUAAAACCUCAUCUACAGUCAUGCAGCCUGAGGACCCUGUUCGCCAGGACAUGCAGUUCUACUAUGUGGGUGACCAUACGUGGGCCACCAUGCUGGGGCAGAGCGUGAGGCUGCAGCCUGUUUCCAUCCAAAGCCUCUCGGAGCUGGAGAGAGCACGUCUGCAGGAGGUGGCCCUUUACCACUUAGAAAGAAGAAACCUGGACUUUAAGAUCAGCAUCCCUAGAGAGAUUCAUAAAAGGAGGAAAUCACUACGGAGAAAGUUUGACUCCUUCUCAAAAGAAAAGAAAGAGCGAGAGUCUGCGGCCAAAGCCUUCGGUAUCCCGCUCGCCCAGGUAAUCGCAAACGACCGGGCAUACAAGCAACGGCAGGAUGCCCUGAAAGAGAGCCGACGGGACUGUCUGGACCUGGAGGCCAGUGUUCUUCACUUCCGUGCCGAGAAAUGGCAGCACAAUGGAAACCAGCCGCUGGGCAAUACAGCCUUAUCAUCACCUGAUGCUGCCUCCUCACCAGCACUGGAGGCCCACAGCAAACCUCCCUCAUCAGCGUUCAUGGACAACACCUCACGCACACACAGACGGGUAAGUAUGAACCCAGCAGUUGUUUACUAUCUCUCUGUCUCUCUCUCGCUAGGGUUAAAAACUUUGGGGAUUUUCCGCGUAGGCAGCUCCAAAAAAAGAGUCCGUCAACUGCGCAAGGACUUUGACAUGGGGAUAGAUGUCGUGUUAGACGAAGAGCACAGCGUUCAUGACGUGGCUGCAUUACUGAAGGAGUUUCUGAGGGACAUGCCUGACCCCCUGUUACCACGAGAACUCUACCGGGCCUUCCUGCACGCUAACCAGUUGAGGGGGGCAGAUCAGUUGACAUACCUGCAGCAGUUGUUGUACCUGUUGCCGCCCUGUAAUUGUGACACCCUGCUGAGGCUCUUGACGCUUCUUCAUACAGUACAGGAGAAUGCAAACAGCUCUACUGGGCCCAACCAGCAGGAGAUCUCAGGUAAUAAGAUGACGGCAGCAAACCUGGCAGUGAUCUUUGGGCCCAAUCUCCUGCAGAAAGAGAGAGGAUCAGAGAGAGAGCUCAGUCCUCAAGCUCUGGGCAUAGAAGACAGCACUGUCAUCAUCUCCGUCACCCUGAUGCUCAUCCAGAACAACCAACAUCUCUUCACGGUGUCUGCUGAGCUGCAGCAGGAGGUGCUCAUGAGCCUCAUUCAGACGGACCCUGAUGUCAUCGACUAUCUGCUGCGCAGGAAACUCAGCAGUAGUAGUAGCCUGACAAUGGAGACGGACUCCGGUGGAAGGAGGGACACACAGGCAUCUCUGGACUCUGUGGGUCAGUCCAGUGACGACCUUUCAUCCCUGGGGCCACUGUGUCCUCUUUACCCAGAGACAUCUGCGAUUGGAAGUCUGAGCAGUGAGGUCUUCCUCAAUGUGCUUCAUCUUAACACCAACAGGAAACGUUCCUCUGAGGUCCCACCCAAGUCCAUUGGUAAAAUGAGGCAGUUUCAUUCCCACCACAACCUGUUGAGUCUGUCCCAGUCCUCCUCUAAUGCCCAGGGUGAAGAGAGAGAGCUCCAGAAGCAAAGGCAAGGCAGUUCAAGGCACACGUGCUCAGAGGAGCGCCUUCAUUUCAGUCUGGGACGGCAGGACAGCGGUUCUCAACCACAAAGUCCGAGAGAGAAAGGCAUCUGGGUACGACAGAACUCCAACGCCUCAUCCACGACGUCAGACGACAGCAAACCACCAAGCAACUUCUGGGACUUUUUCACUGGCAAGAUACCUGUUGUCAGAAGAAGCCCUUCGCUGCAAAACUUCUUCAACGACCAUUCACAGUCUGAGAAAAAUCAGAUGAAAUGGAAGAUGUUUUUGGAAGAAUAAGACAUUUUUUUGAAAACUUUUAACCAUUUGGAGAACAUGCUCUGAACGCAUGGCAUCACUGAACCACAAGGGGGUGAUAUUUACAUAAAACUUGCAUAUGAAUAGAUCCUGUAUAAAUAGGCCAAUUUGAAAUUACCCGGACUCUGUUGGGUUGGAUCAAAAGCAGGGUUUUCUCCAAUAAGAAUACAACUGUUCAGAGUGAGCACUGGCAUUUCUAGAAGCAGUCUAAUAGCCUACAAACUAACUAACUAACAAAAAAAACCCCACUGUAAUCCCAAAUCAACCUACCCAGCUCCAUUGCAAGACUGAUCAAGAACUCAAGUUCAUUUAGAUGAAAGGACAAAAUAUCUAUAUAGACUGAGUUGGAGCCAGGCCUUCUUUGUGCACAAC